AUGUCGGGAUUCUUGCAGAAAAUCGUCCACAAUGAGGCGAUGAAAACAGAUCCCAAGGAGAUUUACGGGUGGAGGGUUUACUUGCUUGCCUGUUCGGCGUGCUGCGGAGGAAUGUUAUUCGGUAUGGACUCUGGAAUUAUUGGUGGUGUCCUGACAAUGCCUCCCUUCAUGCAAACAUAUGGCCUGAAGAACCUCGAUGCCGUAGCUCAGGCCAACCUGUCUGCCAAUAUCGUCUCUACUCUCCAAGCAGGAUGCUUUUUCGGAGCUCUCAUUGCUUCCCCUGCGGCUGAGAAAUGGGGUAGAAGGAGCGCCCUGAUAGGAUCAGCUUUGAUUGGAAUCAUUGGUGUCAUAAUGCAGGCCUCGGCAAGUGGCCAUUUAGAGGCCAUGUAUAUCGGGCGACUCAUCACCGGCUUUGGGGUUGGCGGCGCCUCGAUGAUCAAUCCGCUUUACGUCUCCGAAAAUGCACCACGCGCAAUCCGCGGAGGACUGACAGGCCUCUACCAAUUUUUUAUCACAAUGGGUAUCAUGCUGGCUUUCUGGAUCAACUACGGCGCUCUACUUCAUCUGACAGGAUCGGCAAUGUACCUUGUUCCACUGGCAAUGCAGGGACUUCCAGCCGUGCUCUUGUUCGUGGGUAUGCUGCUCUGCAAUGAGUCUCCGCGGUGGCUGGCCAAGCAGGAUAGAUGGGAAGAGGCUCGCGCGACUUUGAGUAAGGUGCGUGCGCUGCCGGCGGAUCAUCCAUACCUGGAGGAGGAGUUUCAGGCCAUCGCAGUGCAGCUGGAGCAAGAGCGGGCUUUGGUCGGUGGUUCUGGCUUUUGGGAUCUCAUGAAAGAGAUGUGGCUUAUCCCGGGCAAUCGGAAGCGAGCCAUGAUCUCGGUUUUCUUGAUGAUUUGCCAGCAGAUGACUGGAACAAAUGCUAUCAAUUAUUACAGUCCGCAGAUAUUCAAAAAUCUAGGGGUAACCGGUAACGCAACAAACCUCUUCGCAACAGGCAUCUAUGGCAUCGUGAAGAUGGUCAGCUGCGGUGUCUUUCUCAUUUUCGUCGCCGAUUCCCUCGGCCGCCGACGCUCCCUACUGUGGACAUCAAUCGCACAAGGACUCGCCAUGCUCUACAUUGGACUAUACAUUAGAAUCGCUCCCCCGGUUGCAGGCGCUCCCGUGAUUCCAGCCGGAUACGUUGCUCUAGUCUGCAUCUUCCUUUUCGCGGCAUUUUUCCAGUUCGGCUGGGGACCUGUAUGCUGGAUUUACGUCUCGGAGAUCCCGACCGCACGGCUACGAUCUUUGAAUGUUGCAUUUGGAGCAGCGACUCAGUGGCUGUUCAAUUUUGUGGUUGCUAGGGCUGUUCCGAACAUGCUGGCCACAGUUGGUGCUAAUGGUUAUGGCACGUAUAUCAUUUUUUCCUGCUUUUGCUUUUCAAUGUUUGUCUUCGUGUGGUUUUUCAUUCCAGAGACUAAAGGUAUGUCUCUUGAGAAGAUGGACGACCUUUUUGGUGUUACCGAAUUACUCCAGCACAAGGACGAUCUCGAGCACAGUCCGAGCCAACAAGCAGACAAAUCUACGGAGUCUCGUGUUGAACGAGUGGCAUGA